UGCUGACUAAGCUACUGGCACCAUUCAUUGUGUCCCAGUGGGGUGGGUGAGUACCUGUCUGUCCCUCCUCCUCAACCUGAUAUCUUUGCUGGUCCAAAUUUUGCAGUCUAUUUCAGAUGUAAAAUGAGAGGCUGGGUGAGUAAGGAAAUGGCCUUGGGUGCUCCCUGGGGUCAAGGCCAUGCAAGACAAUAAAUCCUUUACCUUCUUUGGCUUGAGGCCAGCAGCUUCUCAGUCCUCUAAUCCAUUUCCAACGAUGUGAUGCGUGGUGGGGACUGUGCCCCUCCAUUCCCAAGUCGCUUGGUUCCACACAGCCCUUAGUCCUCCCGGGAGCAGGGGGGCAGAGCUGAGCGGCAGCCCGGAGGUUGGCGGGAGGAGACGACGGGGGAGGGGCAGGUGGGGAGAUCCGGCUGGAGGGGAGGCUCUGUCUUCUUCCUUCCUGGUUCCUGCUGCAGCUGCUGCCACUGCUCAGCUCUGUGGUGAGGAGGUAGCUAGUGACUCGGAGACGGUGACUCAGAGGCGUAGCAGCGUGUAGACCAAGGAGCACUGGCGUCCAUGGACCCUGGGGGCCCCCUCAGGACCAGGUGACAUUCUUCCCCUUGCACCCUGCUCUAUCCUCCUCAUCAAGGAGUGGACUCUCCUUCCUCAUGGACUUCCAAGAGAGAGACACUCCCUCCCUGACUGAGAGCACUCAGUCUUCAAAGCCAAGCAGUACCCAACAGGCCUCUGAGCUGUGGGAGGUGGUGGAGGAGCCUCGGGGCAGGCUGGGAGCAGAAGGCAUCAUGCCUGAGAGACAGGAAGGCCACCUGCUCAAGAAGAGGAAGUGGCCUCUUAAGGGCUGGCACAAGAGGUACUUUGUGCUUGAGGAUGGGAUCCUUCACUAUGCCACCACCCGACAAGAUAUCACCAAAGGGAAGCUUCAUGGCUCCAUUGAUGUCAGACUGUCAGUCAUGUCCAUCAACAAAAAGGCCCAGCGCAUUGACCUUGACACAGAAGACAACAUCUACCACCUCAAGAUCAAAUCCCAGGACCUGUUCCAAAGCUGGGUGACCCAGCUGCGUGCCCACCGGUUGGCUCAGCGCCUAGAUAUGCCCAGUGCCACUCAUCGGAAGGUUCCUGGUACCCAGCUUCUAACAGCGGGUGGCGCCUCAGCCUUACCUGGAGUUGGACCUCGAGAGAAGGUGUCAUCCUGGCUGAGGGACAGUGAUGGGCUAGACCGCUGCUCUCAUGCACUCUCUGAAUGCCAGGGUAAGCUCCAGGAACUACACAGACUCCUGCAGAGCCUGGAGUCCCUACACAGAAUCCCUUCGGCCCCUGUGAUCCCCACACACCAGGCCUCAGUGACAACCGAGAGACCCAAGAAGGGGAAACGAACCAGCCGCAUAUGGUGCACACAGGGUUUUGCCAAGGAUGAUACCAUUGGACGGGUUGGUCGUCUCCAUGGCUCUGUUCCCAACCUGUCUCGCUACCUGGAGUCUCGGGAUUCUUCAGGUCCCCGUGGGCUUCCACCUCCAGACUAUGCCCAUUUACAGCGCAGUUUUUGGGCCCUAGCCCAGAAGGUGCACAACUCCCUUAGCAGUGUCCUGGCUGCCCUCACCAUAGAACGGGAUCGACUGAGAGACCUACACCAGGGUUCAGAACUGUCAAGGAUGGGGGUCUCUGAGGCCCCAGAUGGGCAGCAGCGCCUCCACUCACUGUCCAUCUCCUCAGACACCACUGCAGACUCCUUCAGUUCCCUCAACCCGGAGGAGCAAGAAGCUCUGUACAUGAAAGGCCGAGAGUUGACCCCCCAGAUGUCCCAGAGCAGUGUGCUGUCCCUUGCUGAUUCCCAUACAGAGUUCUUCGAUGCCUGCGAGGUUCUGCUUUCUGCCAGCUCUUCAGAGAAUGAGGGCUCAGAGGAAGAGGAGUCAUGCACCAGUGAGAUCACUACCAGCCUGUCUGAGGAGGUGCUGGACCUCAGGGGAGCUGAGUGCUGUCAGAAAGGGGGGUGUGUUCCAGGGAGAGCUGUAGGGCCUCCUCGCCGCCGCUGCCUGCCAGCUGCCAGCGGACCCGGGACUGACGUGAGCCUGUGGAACAUACUGCGCAACAACAUCGGCAAAGACCUGUCCAAGGUGUCGAUGCCGGUGCAGCUCAACGAGCCUCUCAACACCUUGCAGCGACUCUGUGAGGAGCUGGAAUACAGCAGCCUCCUGGACCAGGCCAGCCGCAUGGCCGACCCCUGCGAGCGCAUGGUGUACAUAGCAGCCUUUGCUGUCUCCGCCUACUCCUCUACGUACCACCGAGCAGGCUGCAAGCCCUUCAACCCGGUCCUGGGUGAGACCUACGAGUGUGAGCGGCCUGACCGGGGCUUCCGGUUCAUCAGUGAGCAGGUCUCCCACCAUCCCCCAAUCUCGGCAUGCCAUGCAGAGUCGGAGAACUUCAUCUUCUGGCAAGACAUGAAGUGGAAGAACAAGUUCUGGGGCAAAUCCUUGGAGAUUGUACCUGUGGGGACAGUCAAUGUCAGCCUGCCCAGGUUUGGGGAUCACUUUGAGUGGAACAAGGUGACGUCCUGUAUUCACAACAUCCUGAGUGGCCAGCGCUGGAUUGAGCACUAUGGGGAGGUACUUAUCCGAAACACACAGGACAGCUCCUGCCACUGCAAGAUCACCUUCUGCAAGCCUUCCCCACCCCAGGCCAAGUACUGGAGCUCCAGCAUCCAUGAAGUGCAAGGUGCCGUGCUCAGCCGGAGCGGCCGUGUCCUCCAUCGUCUCUUUGGGAAGUGGCAUGAGGGAUUGUACCGGGGCCCUCCACCGGGUGGGCAGUGCAUUUGGAAACCCAACUCAAUGCCCCCAGACCAUGAGCGAAACUUCGGCUUCACUCAGUUUGCCUUGGAGCUGAACGAACUGACAGCAGAGCUGAAAAGGACACUACCUUCCACCGACACACGGCUGCGGCCCGACCAGAGGUACCUGGAAGAAGGGAAUAUACAGGCCGCUGAGGCCCAGAAGCGGAGGAUUGAACAGUUACAGCGAGACAGGCGAAGAGUGAUGGAGGAAAACAACAUUGUCCACCAGGCUCGCUUCUUCAGGCGGCAGACAGACAGCAGUGGCAAGGAGUGGUGGGUGACCAACCACACUUACUGGAGGCUGCGAGCUGAGCCAGGCUACGGGAACUUGGAUGGAGCUGUGCUUUGGUAGCCAUGGCCCUGGGGCAGGAGGCUCUGGGUCCUCACUCCUGCCCCCACCCCUACCAUGGACACAUGGGUGAGGUCAGGCUCCCCCUUGCUGCCCUUGAGACCAAAGGGGCAGCCCCGGCUCCAGCCCUUUCCCCUCUGCUGGCCAGAGGGGCUGUAUCCCAGCAUUCCUCCACUCUGCCAUUGGGGUGGAGGCAGAAUCUGCUUCUCCAGUCUUGUUACCCCAGCACUGGCAUGUCAGGUCCUUCUCGCUCAGCCAUCUUCCUUCACCUGGGGGUAUUUGGGGGAGACUGCAGGCUCCCCAUAUCUGCUCCCCAUUUCAGUGCCUUCCUAGGACAUAGAGGACCCCUUGAUUCUCCCCAGGCAUUCUGUGCCCUUGGCGCUGGCCCCACUGCAAGGUUUGAGUGAAGGAGAAGAGAUGCCCUUUCUCCCUUCUGCCUUCUCUUCAGCAUCUUCCCUCUACCCUGGCCCCACUUGUCCUCCUGCAUCCCCAUCUCCCAAACUGCAAAGCACCUGCAGCUUCCUCCUCCUCCUCCUCCUCCUCUUCCUCCUCCUCCUUCUCCUCCAGUGGUCCCUUCAGUCUCAGCUUAGCAGAUGCCCCAUAGUAGAUGAGCCUCUCCAAGAGGCAUGGGAGCAACCUGAGGUGCCUGGCCUCAGACUCACCCAGGCGGGAGUGAGCCAGUGUGAGUGUAAGUUCAUGUGAAUGAGUGUGUGUGUGUGUGUGUGUGUGUGUGUGUGUGUGCCUGUGUCCUGCUUGCAGGCGAGCAGGAUUCCUUAAAUGUAACCAGGACAUCCCCCUGCUGGAUGUCCACCACUGUUGCUGCUCAUUUUCUUUUUGCCUCUGAGUCAGGUGAAUUGCUAUGACAUUCCAAGCUCCAAUAAAGACUGUCCCAGACUUUGGCCUAUGAUCACUCAUUGAAAAAUACAUGUUCUCGGAGCUGGAGAGAUGACUCAGCAGUUAAGAGCAUUGACUGCUCUCGCAGAGGCCCUGGGUUCAAUUCC